AUGAUGAACCAGGUUGUCCGGUGGGUCGACGCAGCUUGCCACGAAAGACUCCCUCAAGGAGGUGAUCACUGGUCUCUUUAUCUUGAUAUUGGCGCAAACCGUUCAGUUCGCAUUGAUAUCACACCUUCUUACGUUGUGCCCAGUACCUCGAUCCCCGGCGGCUCAAAGGCCAAUAUGGUAGUUAGCCUUUUGGAAGACGCUUUCUCGCGCCCAACAGAGAAGGUUGUGAAACUCGACGUUCCGAAUGGCAGCACGGUGCGCGAACUUGUCAACUUGCUAAUCCAGCAUGGCCGGCACAAGUACGAAUUUAACGCUCAGGGCCAGGGCUGCAGGUACUGGACUGAUCACCAACUAGCCCUAUUCGAUCAGCACGGUCUUUUGGUGAAUCGAGCCCAUAUCGAAGCGGCCAAGGCAGCUAUUCUUACCCAGUGGCCCGAUCAAAUGAGUUGCCCUCUUGUGCAAGAAGACUACUAUCAGUAG